UAUGAUACAAGUGCUGACUUAAUUAAACAUGAAAUCGUUACUAAAACUGAAAGUAAAUCACUGCUAAGGCUUCCUUAGUUUUGGCUACAUACAGUGUGUGCUUCGUGGUUUUUUGUAGGCUAGUAGGCGCUUUGUAAUAAGCAUCUCUUAACGCUCAACUGCGGUCAUAGCCACAACAGUUGACGUACACCUCUACAAAUAUGAAGAUUAGGCACAGCGCAUAAAACCACCUAAAACAGUGUAUUUGUAACGCUGUCUGAGUCGUAGCAUAGCUUGAAUUUUGUUGUUGCCAUACAUAUAGUAUGUACUUAUCAUGUGCAAAUAGAUUUCAUCUAAUGCUUAGUUGCUGCUCAGUUUUAGUCAUUGUAUUCUAAUCUUUCGUGGCGUCAAGUUCUGCGCUUUACUGCAGCAGCACAGUGUGAAAUUAGAAUAAAAAUAAAUUUUGUUCUUUGAAUUUGUGAAUAUUUUAUUUUUGAAGUAUAAGCCCGAUAAUGUCGCGUACUAUACCGCAAUCAACCGAAAAUGGAAACGGUUUAAAUUCCCGCGCGCCGCUAAAAGUGGCUAUUGUGGGCGGUGGUUUGGUGGGCUCACUAGCCGCUCUCAGUUUCGCACGACGCGGUCAUGAGGUAUAUUUAUAUGAAUAUCGCGAGGAUAUACGCACCGCUGAGCUGGUGCAAGGACGCAGUAUUAAUCUGGCUUUAUCGGCACGUGGUCGUAAGGCACUAGCCGAAGUCGGGCUGGAGCAAGAGGUGCUUGCCACAGCGAUACCUAUGCGUGGACGCAUGUUGCACGAUAUCAAAGGCAAUCGUUCGGUGGUCCUCUAUGAUCCCUGCACAAAUCAGUGCCUCUACUCGGUGGGCCGAAAGUAUUUGAACGAGGUGCUGCUGAAUGCGGGCGAAAAAUUUCCCAAUAUUCAACGACAUUUUGAGCAUAAGCUGAAUUAUGUGAAUCUGACGGAGGGACGCAUGGAGUUCAAGCGCGCUCCAACCAAGGAAAUUGUGGAAGCCACCGCCGAUUUGGUUGUAGGCUGUGAUGGCGCCUUCAGCACAGUGCGUCAACAAAUGGUUAAAGCGCCUGGUUUCAAUUACUCACAAGAGUACAUCGAACAUGGCUACUUAGAGCUUUGCAUACCAGCGAAGAAUGGCGAGUUCCAAAUGCCCGAAAAUUACUUGCACAUUUGGCCACGUGAUGCCUUCAUGAUGAUUGCUUUACCCAAUCAAGAUAAAUCCUUCACGGUUACGCUCUCGAUGCCCUUCAAAGUCUUCGACACCUUACGCACCACUGAGGAAUUAUUAAAUUUCUUCCACAAAUACUAUGCUGAUGCAGUGCCGUUAAUCGGCGAGGAGCGGUUGAUAAAGGAUUUCUUUAAAAUGCGACCACAACAUUUGGUCUCAGUGAAGUGUCAUCCCUACCACUAUGGCACCAAGGCGCUCAUACUCGGCGAUGCGGCGCAUGCUAUGGUGCCCUACUAUGGACAGGGUCUGAAUGCCGGCAUGGAAGAUUGCACUUUGCUCAUGUCGCUCUUCAAUCAACCCAAUCUAAGUACUGCCGAGAUAUUGGAGCAAUUCACCGAGUUGCGUUGGCGCGAUGCGCAUGCCAUUUGCGAACUGGCCAUGUACAAUUAUGUUGAGAUGCGCGAUCUCACCAAACGCAUUAGCUUCCGCUGUCGCAAAUGGCUUGACACGCAGCUGUUCCGUUGGUUCCCUAGCGUGUGGGUGCCGCUCUACAACAGUGUCUCCUUUACCAGCAUGCCGUACAGCCAGUGUAUUGCUAAUCGCAAAUGGCAGGACAAGCUGCUGGGUAAUGUGGUCAUUUCUGCGUCGUUGGCGCUUGUCGCAAUAAGCAUUUCGACAUAUUUUGGCGUUUUUUAAACCAGUUACAUUUAUUUAAUGCGUUUUCUAGUUUUAUAAAUAAGCAUAACACGCUGCUGCUUCGCAUGCACAGGUAUUAGCUGGAAUUUUUUUGUUUUCAUUUUUUAUUAUUUGCUUUGUAGAAUUUGUAGCAAUUAGUGCAUGUGUGAGUUGUUGCGUAGUAUUUUGAUAUAUCCUAUUUAAUACACGAACAUACACACGCUACAUACAUACAUACAAAUAGAACAAUGAAAAAAUAAUAAAGCAAUAUAAAAAAUACAA